GUUUUUCGUGUAAAUUUUCAUCAAAAUAAAGCGACAAUACUCAGCAUAAAUUGCAUUUAUUUCUGUGUAUAAACAAAUUUGUGAAAUCAUGUCCAUCAUACAAAACGAUGACAACAUCAUGGCAAUCGAUGAGGAUCCACAAGUUAUAAUUAAUGACGAUGAGCCAUCAACGACUACGCGAAAUAUUCCCAAUGGUCGUUCCAUGGACUCGUUGCGCUCCUCAUUCACCAAUCGUAGCUCAACACCGGAUUCAUCGCACAAUUCGCUGGAUACAAUUGAUGUGGGUGCCGAUGACCAGCUGGAGAAAUCGCGCUUAAUUACACAAGUAUUGGAGCUUCAAAAUACCCUGGAUGAUCUGUCGCAGCGUGUUGACUCGGUGAAGGAUGAGAAUCUGAAAUUACGUUCCGAGAAUCAAGUGUUGGGCCAGUACAUUGAAAAUCUUAUGUCAGCCUCAUCGGUGUUUCAAUCCACCAGUCCGAGUGCAUCGAAGAAGAAGUAAAUGGGUGUUGGAGAUCAACCCACACCCACGAUUCACACACUCGAAAUACAAAUAUGCCUUGUAAUUUUUACAUUAAUGCUUGCAACAAAAAAGCGUAAUUGGUGUUUUUUGCUAAACUGUCGAA